CAACACACGCCUUUUGUUCUCAUUCACAGAACAAAUCUUUACACAGCCUAUUUACACAAUGUCUAACCCCAGAAAGAGACAAGCAGACGAGGACGAGGACGAGACGAUGGGCUUUGCCGGCUCCUCGUCGCCUGCGGGCACCCCUCUCAACUCCAGCCCGCAGCUACCACCCUCGUCGCCGGCGAUUCCGUUUGAGGAUGACGAGCGAGAGAUCCGCGACUUCGACAUUGACGAACUCGAAGACGCGGAGGAUGAAGACGGUGUCGACUUGAUUGGCGACGAUAUGAUGCGCGACUACCGCCCGAACACGGCGGAGGACCACUACGACGCGGGCAACCUCGACGAUGAGGAGUACGAGGAGCUCGGGGCGGCUGAACGGCGCGCAGUGGACGCACGUCUCGAUCGGCGUGACGACCUCAUGCGCGGCAGCACACGCGACCGCGCGUUCCUCGAUGACGGCGCGCGCGACGGCGAGGUGGACGAGUACGGGCUCCCAGUGCAGCCGGCGCGUCGACGCACCACGCGCUUCGACGAGGACGAGGACCUUGCGGCAGAGGACCACGAUCCGUUGAGCGAGGAGUUUUCGCUCGAAGCGCUCGCGGACGUCAAAGCCCUGAGCAUCCCGGCGUGGAUCGCACAGGCAGCCGUCGCACGCUCGAUCGCGCGCGAACUCCGCUCGUUUUUACUCGAAUACACGGAUGAAGAGGGGCGUUCCGUCUACGGUGCGCGCAUCCGCCACCUCGGUGAGGUCAAUUCUGAAUCCUUAGAGGUCUCCUACAGCCACUUGGCCGAAUCCAAGGCCAUCUUGGCGAUGUUCCUCGCGGUGUGUCCUGCUGAGAUGUUGAAGAUCUUUGACGUUGUCGCGAUGGAUGCGACAGAGUUGCAUUACCCGGAGUAUUCGCAUAUCCAUGCAGAGAUCCACGUGCGCAUCACCGACUUCUUGGAGGUGACCAACCUCCGCGACUUGCGCGAGAACAACUUGAACACGAUGGUGCGCAUUUCCGGGGUUGUCACACGUCGUACCGGUGUCUUCCCCCAGCUUAAAUACGUCAAGUUUGACUGCCUCAAGUGCGGGGCCGUCAUCGGGCCGUUCCUUCAGGAGUCCGACUCCGAGGUGCGUGUGAGCAUGUGUCUGAACUGCCAGGCGCGCGGGCCUUUCCGGAUGAAUACAGAAAAGACGUUGUACCGCAACUACCAGCGGGUUACGUUGCAGGAAGCACCCGGGACCGUGCCUGCGGGGCGGCUUCCGCGCCACCGCGAGGUGAUUCUUCUCUGGGACCUUGUGGACGUUGCGAAGCCUGGCGAAGAGGUGGAAAUCACCGGGAUUUAUAAGAACUCUUAUGAUGGGUCGUUGAACGCGAAGAACGGGUUCCCUGUGUUUGCAACGGUGCUCGAGGCAAAUGCGGUCAAGCGCCGCGAUGGCGCGGGGCUGGAUGCGUUCGCGUGGACAGAGGACGAGGAGCGCGCUUUCGCAAAGUUUGCGCGCGAGCGCGGUGCGAUCGACAAAAUCGUCGCGUCCAUGGCGCCCUCCAUCUACGGCCACACCGACAUUAAAACCGCCGUCGCGUGCUCGCUCUUUGGUGGGGUUCCCAAGGAUGUCAACGGGAAGCACAACAUCAGGGGUGAUAUCAACGUGCUCUUACUCGGUGAUCCCGGGACCGCCAAGUCGCAGAUCUUGAAGUAUAUUGAGAAGACGGCGCACCGCGCGGUGUUUGCAACGGGUCAGGGUGCCUCUGCUGUCGGUUUGACGGCCUCCGUGCGCAAGGACCCUAUCACCCGAGAGUGGACGCUAGAGGGCGGGGCGUUGGUGUUGGCGGACAAGGGAACUUGUUUGAUCGAUGAGUUCGAUAAGAUGAACGAUAAGGACAGAACGUCGAUCCACGAGGCCAUGGAACAGCAGAGUAUUUCCAUCUCGAAGGCGGGGAUUGUCACAACACUUCAGGCGCGGUGCGCAAUCAUUGCCGCCGCGAACCCCAACGGGGGAAGAUACAACUCGACCUUGCCGCUUUCGCAGAACGUGGACUUGACCGAGCCGAUCUUGUCGCGUUUUGACAUCUUGUGUGUAGUCAGGGACACGGUGGAUCCGGAGUCCGAUGAGCGUCUUGCUGGUUUCGUGCUCGACUCGCACAUGCGCUCGCAUCCCGCGGAGGACACGCGCGCGGAUGCGGAAGACAUUGACGAUACACGCAGCAACACCGCCGAAGCUGUGCGCGCACGCGCACGUCGCAUCGCUCAGGCCAACCAGGCCAAGGAGCAGGAGAUCUCGCCGCUCUCACAGGAGUUCCUUACCAAGUAUAUACACUACGCGCGUGCUAAAAUCCAUCCGAAGCUCCACCAGAUGGAUAUGGAUAAGGUUGCGCGUGUGUACGCGGACUUGCGUCGCGAGAGCAUCAGCACCGGCUCCUUCCCUAUCACUGUACGUCACUUGGAGUCGAUCUUGCGUAUUGCCGAGGCAUUUGCCAAGAUGCGCUUGUCAGAGUUUGUAUCACCACACGAUUUGAACAAGGCGAUCCAGGUGUCGGUGGAGAGUUUCGUGGGUGCGCAGAAGGUGAGUGUGAGAAAGCAGUUGCAAAGGUCGUUUAUGAAGUAUACGUUGCCGAGCAGAGAGAGGGCAAGUGCAAGUGCGUAGA